GCGCUCUUCCCGACACCCGGAGGCGGAGUGGGAGCCCGGAGAGGCGGAGACACACAGGACUCAAAAGGAGCCGGAGCCGGAAGCCAAAACCCCGUGCCCCGCAAAACCCCUAAACCCUAGCCCCCUUCCUCCGCCCUAGCGAUUGGAGGCGAAGACGCGGCCAUGGCGGCCCUCCUCAGGCGCGUGUCGCUGCGGCGCGCCUUCACCGCCGCCGCUUCCUCUUCUUCUCACCCUGAGAGCUAUACGCAAGGGAUCUGUGGCUCCACGUUUCAUUACAGAGAGUUCUCAUCUAAAGCCAAAAAGAAGUCAAAGUCAAGUGGAACUGACUCUGGUGAGGAGAAUAUGUCGAAGAAAGACUUGGCAUUACACCAGGCUAUCGACCAAAUAACAUCUGCAUUUGGGAAGGGGGCAAUAAUGUGGCUUGGCCGUAAACAAGGCCAUAGAGAUGUACCUGUAGUAUCUACUGGGUCUUUCGCUUUGGAUAUGGCUCUAGGAACUGGUGGGCUUCCAAAGGGGCGUGUCAUAGAGGUUUAUGGCCCAGAGGCUUCAGGCAAGACAACUCUUGCUCUACAUGUCAUUGCACAAGCUCAAAAGAAUGGGGGUUACUGUGCCUUUGUAGAUGCAGAGCAUGCUUUGGAUCCAGCUCUUGCGGAGGCAAUUGGCGUUGACACUAACAAUUUACUCCUUUCUCAGCCAGACUGUGCUGAGCAGGCACUCAGUCUUGUGGACACACUGAUUCGAAGUGGAUCUGUUGAUGUUGUUGUAGUCGACAGUGUAGCAGCUCUUGUCCCAAAGACUGAGCUUGAUGGGGAGAUGGGUGACGCACAUGUUGCUCUUCAGGCUAGAUUGAUGAGCCAAGCUCUUCGCAAGCUGAGCCACUCCCUUUCACUUUCCCAGACAAUUCUGUUAUUUAUUAAUCAGACCAGGGCCAAGGUAGCCACAUUUGGAUUUGGGGGACCAACUGAGGUCACUUCUGGUGGCAACGCCUUGAAGUUUUAUGCUUCUGUUCGCUUGAACAUCAAGCGUAUUGGUUUGGUAAAGAAAGGCGAAGAGACAAUAGGUAGUCAAGUUGCUGUGAAGAUUGUGAAAAACAAGCAUGCCCCACCAUUCAAGACUGCACAGUUUGAGAUUGAAUUUGGAAAGGGGAUAUGCCGCAGUUCUGAGCUUGUUGAACUCGGACUGAAGCGCAAACUUGUCCAAAAGACUGGUGGUGCAUAUUAUACAUUCAACGACAUGAAUUUCCGUGGAAAAGAUAACCUUAAGGCUUACCUUACUGAAAAUGAGUGUGUUGCUAAAGAUCUAGAGAUGAAACUAAGGAAAUUGAUGGAAACUGAAGCACCUAAAGAGCAGGAGGCUGAAGACGGUUCCCUGAGUGAUUUGUCUGAAGAGAUCGUUGCACCAGAAACAUCGUCAGAAGAGGAUCAAGCAGCUGCAGUAGAAGCUUAACCAGUUAUCUGAUCUACUGGCAAUUUUUUGGAACUUAACAUAUGAAGCAAUUGUUCCACUAAAACAAUAUUUUGGUCAUGAAGCCACCAGCAUGCAGUGCCGUGAUGAUCUUAUUAUAACAGCCUUCAGUUGCUACUGUUCUUGCAGUAUAGUGUAACGUGAAGAGAAUAUUCGCUUUCUGUGAAAUCAUGCUGAGCUAGCUAGUGACAGAGGAAGGUUGUCAGGGUGAGGUACUGUGGCUAUUUAAACAUUGGUGAAUGGUGAGGACCCGUGAGAUGUGAUAUAGUCGUGUAUAUAUGCUGCAUACCUUGAUGACUCCUCGUGUUGAAGUCUAAUUCAGAAGCAUUCUUAAUUGAGUGCUGCUAGAAUUUUUAUUGGUCUUCC